AUGACUACAGAACACAGAAGCUUACCUAAUAUCAUUCUUUGUGGCACUCCUGGUACAGGAAAAACAACCCUUGCUGAGCAGCUUGCUGAUGCUUCUGAACUCGAACACUUGUGCAUGGGCACAAUCGUGAAAGAACAUCACUUACAUUUUGGAUUUGAUGAAAAAUGGCAGACAUACGAUGUCGACGAAGAAAAAGUUUUGGAUUAUCUUGAACCAAGGCUAUUAAAAGGAGGCUGUAUUGUCGACUGGCAUACAUGCGGCAUUUUCCCCGAAGAACUAAUUGACUUGGCUAUAGUCUUGAGAACUGAUCAUUCCAAACUAUGGGAAAGACUUGAAGCUAGAGGAUAUUCAUUGCACAAAAUUCAGGAAAACAAUGAAGCCGAAAUUAUGCAGAUCUGCUUGGAAGAAGUAAGAGAAAGUUUUGACCCUAAAAUAAUUGUAGAACUCGAAAGCAAUUCGACUGACGAUAUGGAGUCAAAUAUGUCUCGGUUACUUCAAUGGAUAGAUACUUGGAAAGAAGAUCAUGUAAAUUAA